AUGGAUGAUUGGCACACUGGAAUACUUGAUCAUACAAAGAAUGAAGCUAAUGGUUAUAUAUUUGCGAUCGAAGUCAAUGAAAGAGUAGGCACUGUAUUAUUCCAGUACAAUGUUAGUGAUCUAUGUGCUGACCAACGUUAUCAGUUUUCUGCUUAUUUAGCAAAUAUUAACAAAAAAAUACCGUCUGUUCCUAAGCCAAAUGUCCAAUUUCAAGUUCGAGAGCCGGGAAAUAUGAACAAACGCCUGGCACGAAAAAAUACAAGCGAUAUACCUCAAUGUGAUCAGUUGAUUUGGUUAAAGUAUUGUCUUUCAUUUAAUGCCUCGAAUAGUACAGUCGUUCUGUUAAUGACUUCAAAUGUCAAGGGUUGGGCUGGAAAUAAUCUAGCCAUUGAUGAUAUUGAACUACAUCUUUGUCCAAAUGGAAUAUGUGAUCUCUGUUCGACAGAUACAUUAGCAGAUAAGUGCGUAUCUCCAACCACAACAACUAAAUCAACAUCUACAACAACAUCCACAACUUCGACUACCUCAACGUCAACAACGACAUCAACUACUUCAACGUCAAUGACAACAUCCACAACUUCAACAACAACAUCAACGUCCACAACAACAUCAACUACCUCAACGUCAAUGACAACAUCCACAACCUCAACGUCAACAACGACAUCAACUACCUCAACGUCCACAACAACAUCAACCACUUCAACUACAACAACAAUAUCAACUACAUCAACCACGUCAACAGCAAGAAAUGUGAACACAGAUGCAACAUCACUUAUAGCUACAGUACAAACAGAAAAUUCAAUUAGUUCUUUUUCUUUCGUUUCAGUUGUCGAACAAUCGCCACUUUUUAUUCCUAAAUCUUGUAAUGAUUCAACAUCUAUUGGUCUUAAUUGCAACAUCUCUGCUAGCCCAUGUCAAAUCACAAACUUUUGUCAGAAUAAUGGCAACUGUACUGAUGAUAAUACAACAUCCUAUGGAUAUAUUUGUUUAUGUCCAUUUGGUUUCAAUGGUAUAAACUGUGAACUUGAUAAUCGACUUUGUAAACCUCAUAUCUGUUUAAAUCAUGGUGAAUGUAAUGAAACAUCAGAUACAACAUUUGAUUGUUUAUGUAAUAAUGGUUGGGAACGUACUCAUUGUGAAUCAAUGACAAAUUACUGUUUAAAUAUCACUUGCGAAAAUAAUGCUAUUUGCCGUCCAUUGUUACUUAAUUAUACAUGUGAAUGUCUUAGUAAGAAUUAUUAUGGUCGUCAUUGUGAAUUUAGCACAACGAAAAUAAUUGUUUAUAAAAUAAUGUCGAAAUCAUUUGCUUAUAUUGCUAUUGUUGCAAUGACAAUUGUGGUAAUGUUUGUUGUAAUAAUGGAUAUAUUAACGUAUUGCUUUGGUAUUGAUUUAACACGUGAAGAACGAGAAAGAUAUCGACGAGAAAAACGAGGAAGAAAAUGGAAUCUUUCUGCUAAUCAAAAUCUUAUAUAUGUUAACGCACUAUCAGAACCAUUUAACAAAUCAAAGACAACUGUUGUUAAGAAUAGAAUUUAA